GCAAUUGAUGAAGUUGGUUCUCUAAACCUUAAUCUCACACUUUCUUCUCUCGGCAAUUUCAAUUGCUGCUCUGUAAAGAAUUGAAUUCUUGGUAUGAUUUCUGUGGGGUUGACGGGUUGAGUUUUGAAAAUAUAUUUUUGUCUUUUUUCAUCAAAAGUUAACGGUAAAAAUGGGCAAGGAAGACUUCCCCUUCUCCUUCCAAGAAAAAAUUUCGUUUCUCUGUCGCGGGUACUAAUAUUAUGUAAUAUAUAUGAACAUUUCUCUCUAUCAAUUAAACCUACAAAAAUAGUUUUGUGUUCUGUACCGCAGUAGUUUUUUUGGCUUAAACUUUAGAGUUUAGACUUGCAGCUUCUCCUCAAUUGAAUAUUCGAGUUGUAAUUUAAGGCUUGCCUAAAUUGUAUUGUACGCUUUGGAGGGGUUGAUUCGAAAGGUGCCAUGGAUCUUGAAUUGCCAAUGGACAAAGUAUCUUUCGCACCACAUUCCACUUGGGACGAUAACAAGAUGAAUAUUGUUCUUGUAGCCACUGGCAGUUUCAAUCCUCCAACUUUUAUGCACUUGCGUAUGUUUGAGCUGGCAAGAGAUGCAUUGCAUUCAGAGGGCUACCAUGUUAUUGCGGCCUAUAUGUCACCUGUUAGCGAUGCAUACAAGAAGCCGGGCCUCAUAUCCUGUGAACAUCGUUUGCAGAUGUGUAAUUUAGCAUGUGAAACUUCAGAUUUCAUAAUGGUCGAUCCAUGGGAGGCAAACCAAAGUACCUACCAACGCACUUUGACUGUCUUGAAAAGAAUCGAGAGUUAUUUUAUCAAUCGUAUAUCCAGGGAAACCCUCAAGGUCAUGCUUGUCUGUGGUUCUGAUUUAGUCCAAUCUUUUAGCAUUCCUGGAUUUUGGAUUCGUGAGCAGGUAAGUACAAUAUGCAAAGAGUAUGGUGUGGUUUGCAUUCGCAGAGAAGGGCAAGACAUUGAGAAAAUCAUAUCUAGUGAUGAAAUUUUGGAUGAAAAUAGAGUUAAGAUUAAAGUAGUCGAUGAACUUGUACCAAACGCAAUAAGUUCAACAAGAAUAAGGGAAUGCAUUUCCAAAGGGCUGUCGAUAAAAUACCUUACUGUUGAUGGAGUGAUAGAGUACAUUAAAGAAAGAAAAUUGUACAAGAACUCAAAUGAUAAACGCUGAUCUCUAACCAUCAUAUUGCAUAAAUAUCACCAUAUGAUUCUUAAAGAAAUUCAUCCCUAUCGAUUAAAGAAGCACUGUCUACUAUUUGAAUCAUUUAUGCACAUCAAUAAGCCACUGUUCUGUGUGUUAUAAUGUUAUUAUACACCAUACCAGAUAAGCCUUUUACAAAGUAGUCCUCUUGUCUUCUUUCUCUGGAACGAGGGCAAUGUAGAAUUUUCAUUACAAUAUGUGAAUCCUUUGUGUUUUUCUGAAUAUCAUCUAUUUUUUGGUCUCGUGUUUA